AUGCCGACUUCCAAAGUAUCAACCGGAGGAUUCGGUUUACCAGAGAUUAGCAGCGGUGGGCCGUCACUGAACCACAGCGUGAAUGAGACAUUGAAAGGCAGGGCGGGAACAGCACAGGGCAAGGCACAGAGGAUCGACGAGAGCGUCAAAGUCGGCGGCGGAGAGGAUCUGCAUGAGGUGGCUGCAGCGAAGCAGCCGUGA